AUGUCAGCUGCCCUGUCUGCCCUGCCCUGCCUUGCUCUUCCCUGUCUGCCACUUGCCAUCCCUGCUGCUUCGCUGCUUCGCCGCUCUGGCCUGGCUCUGCCCUACCACCUACUGACCCCCGGCCCUGGUACCAACCAGCCGUUACGGACACCAGCACCGGCAGCACAACACGACGACGACAACAACAAGAGCACAAGCGCCCUAACCCUCCACCACCACCGCCCUCCUCCCAAAAACCCAACCCAACCCCUGUCCCCUGUCCCCUGUCCCCACCCCUGCUCAAGACCUAGAGUGAGAGAGAGAGAGAGUCAAGGGCUCAAGGGCUCAAGGCUAGUUUCAGGCCUGCCGCCUGAAAACGCUGCCUCGCAGAAUGCGCCUCGUGGCGCGCGCAGGGCCUUGUUUCUUUACUGUUUGAUUUCGCUUUGCUGGUGCUGUGGUUGUUUUGGCCGCGUGUCUGCUAUGCUUGCCUUUCGUUCCGAAGUAGAGGAGUAUGAGGAGGAGGAAGAUGAGUCCGCUUACCUGGCGUCGUGA